AUGAGCAUCUCGAUAAAUUCAGUAACACAAUGUUUGCCGGAAAUUUUUACCUUUCCUUGGAAUUCAAACAUUUCCCACUUUUUGUGUCUUUUUUUUAAUAAAAAGUAUGGAUUCUCCAAAGAGUUUAUUGAAAAGUGUGUGGACUACUUCGUCUCAUUUUUGAACUAUCCCGACGUGUUAACAGUGAACUGGUACACGUCGCUGCUGCUGCUGGUGCAGAAUUAUAGAGGUAAGUGUGCGAGUAGUGUGUCAUUGCGUAGAGUGGCUUUUUAG